AUGGAUAGUCUGCGAGUAUUGUUUGACCGACUUUCUCAUCUCAUUCCUUCAAAUAAUUUUCGUGAUCCGAAUCCAUCUAGUCGACUUUGUGAAGGAGUUGAAUCGUAUUUGGGCAAAUUGGGAGAUGCGAAUCUCAUGGAGGACCUUAGCGGUUUGGAAAUCUGCGAAUCUUUCUACAUGUGUUGCAUCCAUUUCCUCCAUGACUGUGAAGAUUUAUACAACAAAAGUGCAGUUGGAGGCAACUCGGACAUCCCUUUUUUCAGCAUCUUCCAAGAAAAGCAAAUGUGUACAUGCUUGGAAUUUGUUGUGAGACUAGGAGUUUAUCCUCUUCUGGAUCCUGGAGUUUCAUUACCACUAAAAAUGCGUUCGCAAAAUAUUGAGGACUUUUUCUGUCCUCAGAAGGCGAAGGAUGACAGAAGAGUCGAGAAACUCAUGAAGAUUAUCAAGUGCCUUCUGUGUUUGAAAGAAUCAAAAUCCUUCCAGUUGCGACAGCUAAUCAGUACCAGUUCUUUUUGGGUGAUUUAA